AUGCGAUACGCGUUCAAGACCCUCGUCUACUCCCCCUCCCGCGUCGCGUUUCGGCUACUUUGCAAACCAGCCGCCCGACGGACCAACGGACACCACGGCGCUGUGGACGCAGCGAUCUCAGGAGAUAAGAAGACGACGAUUGCGUUCUCGGCGUGCCGUCCUCGCAGUAGGCGUGCUUCUGCCGAUGUUUUCAUUAGGCUGCCGGAUCGCUCGAUAUUGAACGACAUGACUACUGGGGCCGCCUAUGACACGGCGAUAUCGCACACGAGGCUGAACCUAAUCAGCACUAUGUCGAGCGCGCAAGAGUCGGGGCCGCUCAUCGAUAGCGACGUGAAGGCGCUCAACGAUUGGGUUGUACAGCUUUCUGUCUUGUUCACGUUCUUCGGCCUACACGCGUGCUUUUACUUCAUCUCUGCCUACCUCCUCAUUAAGGAUGGUGUGCGCGAAUCGCGAUCACGACUAUUCCUCUUCGUCUGCUCGACAGCAAUGUUUGGCACGUCGUUAGCAAGCGCAGCAAUGAGCGCGGAAACCGCGAGGCUCCAGUUUUCUGGAUUGGCGGCCAACCCGUCGGAUACGACGACAUUACAAGUGAACAUCGGCAUUGCCAUCAAUGUCCUGUUGAGAGUGAAUUUCCUCAUCAGUGACACCGUAGUCGUUUGGCGAGCAUGGGUACUCUUUCCGGACAGCCGGAAAAUCCGCUUUCUGCUCGCAGCAUGUCUGUUUGGAACCUAUGGCGCGACCAUCUCAAACACGGUUGUUAUAGUCCUGCGUCGUCUGGGCGAAAUAGACCCGCCUUCAGACGCCUUCAGCCUGGUUCUGACCGUCCCGCUCCUCGUCACAAACCUCACCGCGACCGCGCUUAUGACUUAUAAGACCUGGACCUACCGCGACUAUGUGAUCCGCAACUUCCGGCGGAAGCGCACGAAGUCGCGAGCGGAGAUCACGUUGCUUAUUCUGGUCGAGUCCGGGUUCGCCUAUUGUGCCGUUUGGGUCAUUGUCAUGGCCGCGAGCCUCGGCGCGUUCACUGGAACUCAGACGUCCAUCCUUCUCGAGGCACUAUGCAGUAUUUGCGGCCUCUACCCAACCUUCAUUAUCAUCAUGGUGGGCUUGCAGCGCUCCUCCGUGGACAGCCUCCUCGGCGACUCCAUGCGCUUCUCGUCAAGCACCAUCCGUGCCGUCCCCACGUUCAAGGCGGACACAACCUGGACCCCCGCACGCCCGAGCUUUGCUACCAUGCCGCGGGAUUCGGUUGUUACGUAUGCAAGCCCUGUUAAAGGCGUGCACAUCGAGCAGACGCAGUAUACGACCUCGAGCGAAGUAUAAUGCUGAUGCUCUGAAGGUUUCGUCUAUCGGCUCCUCGUUUGCUUUGUACGAUCCGUGUAGUCUGUAAUCAUGUUUCCUUUCGAUCUGUCUGUACCUGUACCAUGUAACCUAGCACAUCCUACCUCGUACUUAGCCCUUUUGUGUAUUCCGUCAUUUGCAAUGAUUCUGACCAUUGCCUCGAGUUCCGGAUAUAGAAAAGAAAGCCUGCGUCGCUCUGCGGCGCACAUCGAUAGCAUAACGCCCCAGAUAGCAAUAAGGUAUGUAACUAAGGAGCAACGUAGAGUCGUGGGUGAAUCUUCUAAAAUCGUAAGUACGUAGGUGAGUGCUUCGUAG